AUGGUGCAACCAGGCUUGAGCAAACAACAGCCAAAAUCAUUGUUAGAUCCCAAGAAGGCUCAGAACCUGGGGAUCUUCCUGAUGGGCCUCAAGAUGUCUGCUGCCCAACUUAAACAGAAGUUGGACAUUGUGGAUGAAGCCUCUGGAGGGCUGACAACAGAGCAGAUCACAGCUAUUAGAAGGUAUCAACCAGAUAAAAAUGAGCAGAAGACAUUGAAACAGUACUCUGGUGCGGUCAGUGACCUGGACAGAGCUGACCAGUUCAUGUUAGAGCUGUGCAGGAUACCCCACCUGGACCUGAAGCUGGAACUGUUACUGGCCAUACGGGAGCUGGCAGCUCAAAUAGAUGACAUAGAGCCAAGCAUGGAGCUGGUCAGUGUGGCAUGUGAUGAACUUCUCGGCAGCCAGAUGUUUGAGGUCGUCUUGGAGUAUAUUCUGGCUGUUGGGAACUACAUCAACAGUUCAGGAGGAAAAGGAGGCCUCAUGGGAUUCCACCUGUCAUCUCUUUUGAAACUUGCAGAUUACAAGUCCAAAGACAAGAGUACGACACUGCUGCACUAUGUGGUCAGUGAGCUUCAGGCCAAGGACAGUGCUGCCCUGGACGUGACGGAGGAGCUGACCACGGUGGACAAGUGUUGUGAUCUCUCGUUACAAGCUCUCACUGCAGAGGUGGACGUGAUGGAAAAAGACCUGGCAAAAAUCAAGAAACUGAACAAUGUUCUCCAUCAGAAGAGUAAAGAAAAAGGAGCACUGGGUGAAAACUUUCAUAAAGAUGUUGAAGUGUUUGCUGCUGCACAUGCUACAAGGCUGCAGCUUCUUGCAGACAAGGGUAACCAGGUGCUAAAUAAAUUCAAGACCAUUCAGACAAAGUUUGGAGAAUCUCCCAACAAGUCAUCAGAUGAAACAUUUGCAAUCGUGAGUCAGUUCAUGCAAAGUUUGAAGAAGGUGAAGCUACAGCAGCAGAGGGUUGCAGGGCAGAACAAGACACCUGUCAAAAGUUUGGCUGCAGUUUUGCAGGAAAGUUUACAAGAGGAACCAAGUAGAGACAGCACCAGAGACUCACAGAAGUCAAUGCCAGAGAGUAAAAAGCCAGAUGGGAGAGGGUCUGUGGGAUUAAAAAGAGGCAACAGUACCACCUCCAUUGCCACCACGCGUCCCACCAUAGAGGGCUACCUGGAGAAACUCAGCGGAGGUACCCACCGCCAUCCCAAGUGGGAUAAACGCUAUUUUGAGGUGUCCAUCACGGGACACCUGCACUACUCGAAAAAACCCAAUGAUAAAAACCUGGGCUCUGUGUAUAUGAAGGGAGCCCCCAUACGCCAAAACAGGGAAGACCCCAGGGUCAUUGUGAUAGAGACAGAAGACAGGCAUUUCAAGCUGAGGACUCGGACAGAGGAAGAGGCAGUGGAAUGGACAGAAGUUUUGUGUUAUUAUGGCACCAGGUGUAUGAACUGAACCAAAGUUUUUUUUUUCCAGCACUAAAUUUCUCUUUCUCCAGACAUUUUGCUGUGUAUUUGGUAGAGGUGCACCAAAUGGGAACUUUGCUCAAUGCAAAGAUCGAAUACCCUUAUG